AUGGGCUCUUCUAAGCUUAUAUUUCGACACAUAUUGGCCAAUGGCUCCUCUACCAUACCUCGUGGCCCAGUCGGAUUGAAUUUGAUCACCAGUGGUUCCAUCUCCGUUGAUGGCUUCGUUGUAAAACAGCUUUCUCCUACGGAAGAAAAUAUUCUACUGCCGAAUGCUUCUACUUCAACCACAAUAAAUACUUCAUUGUUCCCAGUAUCUAAUCCACUGAAUUUGUGGUUGCUCCGUGUCUCCGAAUUGUCUCACCGUCUCCGAGUUGAGCGAGCUGUACUUCGCGGCAGCAGGAAUGCCGUGCGAGCUCUUAUGGGAGUCCAAAUGCACAUUGAGAAAGGUAUCAAAUUACAGGUAAUGUUAUUGAAACAUUUUGGUGUCUUUUAG